UAUUUUUAUUUUUUUUAUUUUAAUAAGCGCUCGUAUUCGCCAACAGGUAGACGUCGUUAUCGCGCGAUCGUUUUCCUACGUCUCUGUGCCGUUACGGUUCCAAUUUUUCUCGUUGUUAUUUUUAUUUUUCGUUCAUUUUUUUUUUCAAAUCGUCAAUUGUGGUGAAUGUAAUAUAAUUCAAUAAUACUAACCAUCCUCUCUAAGAUUUAUCCGUUGGUCUUAUUGUAUUUCGAUAUGUUAGUGAUGUUGCUAUCGUCCCGAGUGCGUGCCAAUGAUUCGAUUUUUCGCCCGAAUUGUGGGUUUUCAUUAAAACAUAAUACAUAAUAUACUAUAUGUGUCUAGUUAAUUUUAAGAUUUUUUUUUAUAUUCUAGUAAUUUUUACUUUAAAUUGCUUGUGUGCAUCCUGUGCGGGUUAUACGUGAAUUUAUCUAUUACGCAGCAAACCGUAUGAAUUGAGCGUGCGUUUUAUUAAAAUGUGUAUUUCAUCCGUGCGUGAAUAAAUAAACUGUUGCAUUUUUUCCUAUUUACACGAUUAACAAUUGCCAUCCCUGGAAAGUGAUUGGGCCGUUGUAUUUAUUGAAAAUGGCGAACCCCAGGAAAUUCAGUGAAAAAAUCGCGUUGCACCAUCAAAAACAAGCCGAGGAAACGGCUGCUUUCGAAGAAAUUAUGCGGGAAGUGUCCAAUGCUACUAAAGAAAAGCCAGUGACUAAUGGUUCUGAAGAAGUAGUUCCCAAUCAAAAUCAGCUAGCUCGUGGACGAUCAGUUGGUUAUAGAGAGCGUGGCCGUAGUGUUGGUUCAGUGGGUCCAAUGCGUUCUGAAAAACGAUCAGCGGAUAAGUCACCUUACUCAAGUGGUCCCUACUUAUCACCUCCACCAUCUGAUACUAGUUGGAGGCGUACUCAUUCAGAUUCUGCUUUACAUCAUAGCGUUUCACAGACCAGCUCUACAGAAUCAUUAGCUCAUUUACACAGUCCUGGAUCUCAACGCAGAACUUUAAUUGAUAACCAACAAUACGAUAAAAAUAGGUACUUGUCAACAUCACCUGAUAAAAGACCUAGAUCUUGUUGCGAUGUUCCCAGAGUUCCUGGAAUUAACGUUUUUACCACUCAACAAGAACCUGGUGUUGUUCAAAUACCAAUUGGCAACAAUACUGGUUCACUACCAGACCUUACUAACUUACUUACUCAGUUUUCUCCACCAAUCCAUGUCCCUCUUGAUCAAGAUGAACAGUAUAACUUAUCAUCACCUUACAACAGCAACCAGAGUCCACUAACAGAUGGUUGUAGUCCACAAGGUUCUCAAGGCUCACAAGGUACUCCAAGCCAGAGCCCAAGUAUCUUAUCCCCAGUAUCAAUUAACAGCCGUACACCACCUACAAGAUUUUCGUUUACAAGUUCACCACCACCUGAUUCUCCUAAUCAAACUACUGUGAUCACAUGUGACAUUGUGUUACCAAAUCACCUUAAUGUUCCUUACUUAAUGAACGAUAGGUUUCAACACAUAUGUAAGGGAUUUAACGUAGAUAAUAGUCUAGGAAAUGGUAAUUCAGGAGAGAACUGCAAUAGUACUAUUGAAAUGCGAAUGUUAGAACAGAAUUCAAAUAUGAACUGUGGAACAGUUCAAAUGAAUAACUUAAACAUGAGCCAAACAUUAAUGUACCAAACUAUUCCAUUGUCAUCAAGACAACAACAAACUCAACAGUCAUGUUCAACUGAUGGUCAAACUGAAAUAAAUUCCUCACAUUUAAACAUUGGAAAUUCCCAACUCAACAAUUUGAACUCAUUAGGAUCAUAUAGAAAUCAGCAAUCUAAUAGACCAAGCCCUCAGUCAUCUCCAGGACUUACUAUACAAUAUGGAAGUUCUAGUCCAUUAUGUAGCAGUCCUCAAAGUCCAUCCUCCCCAAGUAACUCUUCAGUCAGUAGCAAUCUUCAUAAGCACUUUGAAGAUUUUUCAAUGGAGGUUCAGGACUGGAAUCAGUUGAUCCAAACUCUAAAAGAGUCAAACUCAACUGCUUGGAUGACUACUCAAUUGCAGCAUGACAGUCCUAGGCCUGCAGUUAUGGAUUAUAUAGGCUCUCCUUCUAACCACACAUAUUUGACACAGCCUGAUGAUGAGGUAAAUGGAAAAAUUAAUACUGAUCUUGAUUAUUCUAACACAUCACCUUUGCAGUCUCUUCAAUAUCCCAAUCAAAAUCAUACAACACCUAUUAAUACUCUCAGUACCAAGAUUUCACAACCAGUUCCACACAUAAUAUUAACAGAUUUUUCCUAUGAAGAUCAUCCGUUAAAUAAUGGAAAUGAUUUUAUCAAAGAUUUAAAUUCCACGACAUCAUUUGAUGCCAAUUACUUUCCUAUCGAAGAUAAUAUGAGGCAAGGUAUUGUUGAUCAGAUACACCUAGAACGACUGGACCCUUUAGAUCAAUUGGAUUAUUUACCAAUGUAUUCUGAUUCAAAUAUUGAUGCAGUUACUAACAAUGAUCACUUUUAAUAAAUAUAAUACAUUUUUUUUUUUU